GUCCACCGAACUACGUCUGUGCACCUACCCGCCACAGCAUCAUCGUCUUCAGAAGAAGAAAGGACUGUACAGCUCGCAGCAAUGGCGUCCCUCGUCGCCGUCCAGCCGGUCGCCGUGAAGGGCCUCUCCGGCAGCUCCAUCUCCGGCCGCAAGCUCGCCGUCCGGCCCUCCUCCGCCCGCUCCAUCCGCAGGGCUCGGGGCGCGGCGGUGGUGGCCAAGUACGGCGAGAAGAGCGUGUACUUCGACCUGGACGACAUCGGCAACACGACGGGGCAGUGGGACCUGUACGGCUCCGACGCGCCGUCGCCCUACAACGGCCUGCAGAGCAAGUUCUUCAACACCUUCGCCGCGCCCUUCACCAAGCGCGGCCUGCUGCUCAAGUUCCUGCUCCUCGGCGGCGGCUCGCUGCUCGCCUACGUCUCCGCCAGCGCCUCGCCGGACCUGCUCCCCAUCAAGAAGGGGCCCCAGCUGCCCCCCGUCCCCGGCCCACGCGGCAAGAUCUAAGCUCCAAUCAAGCUCUCUCCUUUCCCUUGCCUCCUCUUUGUACCAUGGAUCUUGAUCCCACUUCUAUCUUUGUGUAAUGUUGAUACUUGAUUCCUGUACUCCGCGUAUCAGUAAUUGAAACGAUGCUAGCUGCGUGCGUGAUGCAUAGUACUCUA